AUGAGCAGCUCUUCAGAAUCAAGAAGAGGUUCUAAUAAGCCUAGGUCAGCGACCACACCACCUACAUCUGUGGCACCUAGUAGUUCCCCUCCCAAAUGUAGCUCUCCUCUUGCGAGUAGCUCUCCUCCUGCAAGUAGCUUUCCUCCUGUGAGUAGCUCUCCUCCUGCAAGUAGCUCUCCUCCUGCAAGUAGCUCUCCUAUUGCAUCACACACAAAGACUGCUACUGAUGGUCCUGCCCUUCAAAUUCAUGAGUUUAGCAUGACAGUGCCAAGGAAGACCUUGGGUAACAGUGGUCGCCAGAAGUGUGCCAUUCCAUAUAGCUUAUUUCAAGGUGGCAUCCAUGAUGAGGACUCAAUCCCACCUACAAAAAAAUUCAAGACCCUCCAAACUAUGUGGAACCAAACUUCUGCGCCAUCACCAGAAGUUGCAAUCUUAGUUGACAAGCACAUGCUCGAACUUUCACGUAUCACUUGCUGGGCUAUUACCACAAGAAUGCGGUAUCAACGUCUUCACUCCCAUGAACUAGAUCUCAUGAACACCAUCCUAGGGGAUGAACAGGACUUGGCCCAGGCACAUCUGAAGGCAGUUGAUGUGCAGAUUGGUUCUAUCUGCAACACCCUACAGGAUGCAGGAGUUGGGGUGAUAGGCAAGAAUGGUUGUAGAUUUGACCCUGGUGAUAAUGGGCCUUGGUGCGAAAGUUCAUCUGAUAACUCGGACUUGGAUAAGCCUAGGCCUGCUCCAUUGGUCCUCCAGGCUGGAUCUCAUUGUGAUUCAGUUUGUACGUCAGAUGUGGAAUAA